AUAUUUCUUGAAAUGAAGAUACCGCGAAUUUACGGGGAGAGUCGGGGCGCGCUCGAAUGAAAUUAAAACCUGCGGGGUAACCGGGCGACGAAUCUAAACCGUGCCAGCAUCAAGAUCCCGAGGAUGCAAGAACUUAACCGCGCGCGCCACCCCGUAGAUAAGAGCAGCGUUCGAUGAUGGUGGGAUGUAGAGAUGGUAGAGGGGUGAGGUGAGCUUUUGCAAGCUCGUGGCGCCACUUGCGUGGCCUCCCCAGCGGUUGAAAGGGGUGAGAGGUUUGGGGGUUGGUUGCAAGCCUCGAUUCUAGGCUUCAGUCAGUCGUGCGAGGAGCGAGACUCGCUAGGGUCGAAGGCUCGUUGCGACCGUGGUGGUCACCCUUCUCGGCGGACUGUUCCCUCGGGACAGGCUCCACCUGUUUAUCGUUCCGUCGUGUAAACCAGCAAAAGAAAAAAAAGCGCACCGUGUGAAACAAAAGGUGGGAGAAAUGUUGGCGGCGUUGAUCAGAAGGGAGAAUCGUGGGCCGAUCGAACGAUACACGAGAUAAUCGUGGUGAAAGAGGUGGAUGAGUGCCGGCAGCCUAACCAGUGAUUUCGGCGUGAUUACCAGCUUAAUUGAUCAGAAGCACUUUGAAACAGGUGUGCCGGGUGAAAAGUGGGUUAUCAAAUUCAAUGUCACAUACAAGCCCUAAAAGAUUCGUAAUUAGAUGGAAGCGUGGAAGGCAGGGAAAUGGAGGCCUACCGAAUUACUCUUCCCACUACUGUUCAAAAGUGCUCGAGCAAUGGUACAACGCGAGCUACGUCCUCGAUAAUUAAAUUUCGAUUCCGCGGGAAUAAUACAAUAAUAUACUGCCGCGCCACUCCACCCUUUAAUUUGUUUUCUCUCUGCACCUUUUAAAAAACGAACUUCUGGAAAUAAAUGCUUUCAACCGCAGCACGCCGAACUUUUAAAACAAAGAGGCAAGAAGUUUCGGGUGCUAAUAUUUUCACCUGGCUGCGGGCAAAUUUUAAUAACCAGCCACGCAAAAUCCCUGCCAUUAUUGGUGGCCUGUUAUAAACGUACGGGCAAGUAAAGUCAUCGAUAUUUUGCGGGAAAAGGUUCGGCGGACUGAUUGGAUUUGCGGUCGGGCCUGGAUUUGGUAUUAAGAAGGAUGGGUUGGACACUUACCGUUCUUGGGGUGGCUUUAGCUAUCGUCAUUGUGGCAGGCACUGCCCUUGCUCUGUGCAGAAGAUAUUGCAUUGGCUGGCAAUGGGGUACUAGAAACAUUUGGAAUGUCUGCGAGGAGUGGCGGCAAAGGUUAUCCUGGUUAUGGGCACCGCGAGAAGAAAAGGUCGGUUUAGUCAAAGCACAACAUCCAACAGCUCAAACAAUCCCCGGUUUAUAUCGACAACCUGGAAACGCGUCUCAACAUCUGCUUCACAGUGACAGCGACCUCAGGCUAGAUGCACAAGGAGCUUUUACCAGAUUCGAACCAGUAGACAGAGAUCUCCAUCCGCCUCUGGGCACAACAACCGGUAGCACAAUACCACCGCAGCCUUUGAGACCGGCACCUCAACCAAGGCCAACCGCUCGUCCAAGGCCGUCUCCACUUCAAACCUCGAGCACCGUAGACCAGCUGAGAAUGCAAGAGGCUGGUCCGGUUCCUCUAACUCCACCACCAUCGUUACAGAGGGCUCCAGUUCCCUCGAGAUCGUCCGGCUCGUCGGUCUUUCUUUUCCAGAACGAGCCCAUCAAGAAUUACGGUCUGCAUAAAACAUCAAACGAUCAUGGUUCGUUCAUAUUCGAUGGCGAGGCAACGAAGACCGUGGCGGAGAAUAUUCAAAUGGCGUCGUACGGGUCGCAGAAUCAUAUAGACUCGAGGCUGAGAUACGAGCUCGGUGAGGAACGAAGGAAAGAGAAUAGAUGCAAUCCUUACAGGCAAUUCGACGGUGGCAUCGAGUCGACCAGGAUCAGAUACGGUGUACACGGCGUACCUAUAGCUACCCUCGACGGUAAAGGGGACGAGGAUAGCAACACGAGUUACGGAAGCUACGACAUCGUUCAAAGGAGUCACAUGAUACGGCAACAUAUCAGGAAUGAUUCGAGGGGCUCGCCGAGCAGUUUCGGUAUGACGAAUUCUUCGAAUGCCGCAAGCCAGACUAUCAUGGAAUCGAUAUACGGAUCCGAGGAGCUGUCUAAGAUGCUUCAGAGCACUCAGAGUCUUGGGAACGACCUCGAUCAUAAGAGCAACGAGAUGCAAAGCAUCGAGAUGACGCCCUUUAGAAGUUCCAGCCUUCAGGACAACAUAGGCCCGUCCUACUUGUUCCGCGAGUCUCAAGGGUUACAGAAAGUCUCCCAAUACAUUCAAAGUUUGCCCGAUCUUCCAAUAUACGAUUCGAUUAACGAGCUGGGACUCCACCAAGAUCAGGAUCGCGUGCUCUACGACGACACAAUUCAGGAAUCGAUCAACGCAUUGAAGGUCAACAGCGAGGCCGUAUCCAGCCCGAUACCACCACCGCCACCCGCGCCGCCCGAUCCACCGAAAGACGUGCCAAAAAAGAACGGGCAGACAACUGGCGAAAGAAUAUUUAACGCCCUUAGAUUGGUCACUUCGCAGAGUUAUAUCGACGCCUCGGAAUUUUACAACUCGGUCGUGUCUUCGGCACAACAGGUUCAACGUUUCACCUUCCAAUCGAGAUCCCCAUCGUCGUUGGUCGAGGAGGACACCGGUGGCCAGUUGCAGGAUGAAGUUCAAGAUAUUUAUGCGGAGAACGAUUCUGACGUGAUAGGUCCUGACGACUCUAGACGUAGCUCCGAUCUUUACAGUCCCGAACUUAAUUUAGAAGCACAUAGAACUGCACAAGAGGUGUACAAUAGUUUACAAGAUCCACCAUCAUCCCCAUUGUUAGUUAAAGAUCACAAUCAAGAGAUUUACACAUAUAUGACUGAUCCUAGCUUUACGAGAACCUCUGAGGAUAUUUUAAAUAGCAUUGAGCAAAGGAGAAAAAGUAUGGAAAGAUUAAACGGUAUUCAUGAACUUAACGAACUCGAUGACGCUGAUACAUUAAGAAAGCGAAACGACUUCUACGUUGCAGUAGAAGAAGUACAAUUGAAACGAAAAUUCUCUCAGAGUUUUAUCACAAACUAUACCAUGAACGAUUACAAUGAGGUCAACCCUGGAAGUCGUCGUGGACCUCAGGGACCGGAUCCAGAGCCACCGCCGGAUGAAUCGAACCUGAAAAGGGCAAUAAGCUGUGAGAGUGUGUGCUCUGAUACGAGUGUAGUAUUAAACGACCUCGAAGAAGCGCCUGUCGUCGGCCACGUGUGUGUCGGUGUCCAAUACGACAGAUGGAGUGGCCGAGGUGCUGAUAGCGAGGGUGAUCUUGCGGUCAGCGUUCUCGAGGCCAGAGAUCUUAUCGCCCCAGAUGGUCAACCUGCUCAAGAUACCUUUGCUAGAGUUUGUCUGUUACCAAACAGACAGUUACACGUGAAAACAAGACUGUAUAGAGGAAGUCCAUCGCCUAGUUAUCAAGAAAAUUUUUUAUUCCCUUUAGACGAUGGCCCCUCGGGGAGAACUCUUCUUGUCGAAGUGUUUUCUGAUGAGACCAGUAUAGGUGGUGGAACAUCCCUUAUUGGAGAAGCUAGAUUACGUCUAGGGCCUGCAUCAAGGGCACCGGCAACUACCUGGUUACCACUCAUGGGAUCAGCUUUACCCACGCCAAGACUUGGAGAAUUAAUGUUCUCUUUGAGCUACUUGCAAACAGCCGAAAGGCUCACGUUAGUGGUUGUAAAGGCUAGAAAUUUACGUGGCGCCAAUACCGUGCCUGGUGAUUUCUUCGUCAAGGUUUAUUUGCUACAACAAGGAAAAAAGAUUCACAAGAAAAAGACGUCCGUGAAGAAAGGAGAAGAGAGCCCGAUCUUCAACGAGGCAAUUAUUUUUAACGUGCCCAGUCAUAUUAUGCAGAACAUACAAAUAAGACUAACCGUAGCGGAAGUAAGCAAUGACCAGGGAGUAAAUUCGAAACCAUAUUCUGUCGGGCACAUUAUCGUAGGACCCACAUCAGCAGGAAGAGCAUUUGUUCAUUGGAGACAAAUGUUGGCUGCUCAGAGGCGCCCUGUCGCUAUGUGGCAUCCCCUGAGAAAAUGAAAAAAAUAUAAAGGAUGUUAGUGACAAUGUAGAAAUGAAAAUUUGUACAGAUUUAAAGUAUAAUUGGAGAACGGUAGAAUUACAUAAAUAUAAUUUUAUGGUACAUUGAUAUUGUUUGUGGUUUUAAAUCAUUUAUUCUUAGAAGAGAUAUUAUUUUUUUAAAUUUUUAUUU